UUCCCAAAAGGACAAAUUACAUCUGCCAACAUCUUUAGCAUAUAGAACUUUUAAAAACAUGAGGGUGGUAAAUGACAGUUUCUCUAAAUAAUUUUCUUACCCUCUGAAGCAUAUUUUAGAUUAGAGAGAGCGACAAAGGACAAGAAGAAGAGUCAUGGAAUCGCAGGCAUUACAGAAAUACGGCGUGCCGUUUUACGGAGCCGCCUGGGUUCCGUUCACUCUCAUUAGAUCGAAGCUCGAAUCGCUAGAACAAAAACGAGAAGAACAAGGAGAAGAUCGAGAUGGAAACGAAGACGAAGGUCCCGCCGCCGACAAAUCUGACGCAACAUCCAAAAAUCACUACUGCGUCGUUUUGGUAGGAGGUGGCGGCGAAGGCAACAGUGGUAUCCCGAACGCUGUCGUCUUAUCUCAUUUCGAUUUCGCCUCCAAUUCCCUCUCCGGUCAACCUGUGGCUAAGUUUAAAACUGGUUCAGAUUUACCGUAUCGAAUGGCAGUUCAUCCACGUGGAGAUGGAAUUAUUUGUGCAAUGCAGAAGGGUUGCAGAUUGUUUGAGUGGGGUGAAGAUAAGAGUGAUAAAGUCCAUAAAUUGGGUGUAAAAGGGUCAGAGAAAGUGCUCAGCCCGUUAGACAAUGUUGGGCAGCAGUUAGCACUAGCCUUUGACUCUGAUGGCUCUACUCUUGCUGCUGGCGGUGAGGAUGGAAAAUUAAAGGUUUUAAAGUGGCCUAGCUUGGAAAUUGUUUUUAAUGAGUCUGAAGCUCACACUUGUGUCAAGGAUUUAUCUUUCAGCCCUGAUGGAAAAUUUCUUGUCUCCUUGGGAAAUCGUGGCCCUGGUAGGGUUUGGGAUGUAACCUCUGCGUCUGUUGUGGCUUCCCUACCAAAUGAAAAAGAUGAAAUCUUUGCCUCCUGUAGAUUCUCUCCAUCUAGUGAUCAGAAUUAUGUACUUUACAUUGCUGCAAUAACAGACAAGGGUGCAAGUAUUGUGACAUGGAAUACUACCUCCUGGAAGAGGAUACGCUCAAAGCGAGUUGUCCGUGAGUCUGUUUAUUCCUUUAAUGUUUCAGCAGAUGGCAAGCUCCUUGCAAUAGGAACAGAAGGAGAUGUUACAAUUAUAAAUUCAAGCAAUAUGCAGGUCCAUACAGUGGUUAAAAAAGCACACCUUGGCUUUGUGACAGCUUUGGCAUUCUCUGGUGAUUCGAGGGCUUUAGUUUCUGCAUCUAUGGACUCAAGUGCAAGAGUGACACUAAUCGAGGACAAGAAGAAAAGUGGACUAAAUUUGUGGAUCAUUAUAUUCUUCAUAUUGCUAGCAAUCGCCGCGUACUUCAUGAAUGUACAAGGAAUCAUUCCUUAAGUUAAUGCUGCUGUCCCGACUGUAUGUGUGAAAACAAUUUUGUAACAGUGAGGACUUGAAUUUAAGUCUUAAUAAUUGCAAAAUUUUUCAGUCUUUUUUUAAUUUUAUAUAUAAAAAAAAAAAGUGGUUGUGUGGUGA